UCCCAACAUUGCCAGUGUCGCACCUGGUGGGGUCACGCCUUUGUUGAAUCCUGUGUUCCAAACAAAGUUGACGAGCGUCUUCAAGUAGCUGCUUUGGUACAGGUCCAAUGCUGUAAAAUUGCGACCCGUUUGUAUAUUUUCUUUUGAGUGGCAGAUCUUGAACGUUGGGAGCUCAUGUUGCUGAAGGAACAGCUGACGUGUUGCUCAUCUUAGAAGUUUUUGCAGAGUUGACCACAUUUGUUCAAACACAGCGGCGGACUUCGUGCAAGCGCAAGAGAACGAGCUAGAUUAUCCCAGGCACAACACGGAAUGGAGCCGGUCAAUGACGACACCUCCGUUGUCCAGUCAUCAGGGGCGUCGCUGACGUCAGCAACUCAGCGGAGGCCUUCGAAAGCAAGCGAGAAGGAGCAAGCCAAGGAGACAGGCAAUGAAGUCGCCACUGUUGCCCCGCUGCCCCCCCACCCAGCGGUCCAAAAUUCCAGACCGGAUGCGCCGGUCGUCUCCACAAAAGCCAUCAUUGCAUCCAUAGUCCUGACCAUUGUCAUUGCCGUAAACAUGAACUAUGGCUGGUACCAGGACCGUUUGGCGCUGGACCGACCCCCCCUGGACAAAGACUAUGCACUGUACAAGAUGCUGCAGUGGAUGGAGGCUGGGGGCACCCGCGGGGCCCUUCCCCCGAGCGCAAAGAUGGAGGUACUCGACGACCUGGGCGCAUGCAAGUGCAUUCGGGGCGUGGCCGCGACUCACGACAUCCAGAUCAUGGAAACCAUCCUCGAGAUUCCGUUCGACCAGGUCAUUUUCGACAGCCAAGUCGAGCCCCUGCCCAAGUGCACCGCUGACGCGCAGUGGGACGUGCGCCUCGCGGCCGCACUGCUGCGGGAGAAGAACAAGGGGCCCAAGUCGCCCUUCUUCUACUACAUCCAGGCGCUGCCGGACGAGAUCCUGGCUGCGGUGACUUUGGACGAGGAAGACCUGGAGAAGGUGAAGUACGAGACGGGCCGCGCCAAGCUGGCGGCGCAGCGGCCGUGGAUGGAGACGCUGUGGGUGCGCUGCCUGGCGGAAGCGCCGGAGCUGAUCGCGCACGCAAACUGGCACGAGUUCCGGUGGGCCAUCGCCGUCGUGCAGAGCCGCUCGUUCUCGCUGGUGCAGAAGCGAGCGGAAAACCAGGCUUAUUGGGAGACGUCGCCCGAUGGGCGUUCGGUGUUCCUGAAAGCGGCGCGCAGCAUUUCGGCCGGAGAGGAGCUCUGCGACUCAUACGGAAAGAAGGGCAACGACGAGCUGCUCAUAAGCUAUGGCUUCAUCACCCGCGACAACGCGUACGAGUACGUGGCCCUGUUUGACACCGUGGAAGCUGCCAUAGACUGGCUGUUCGAGGCGUUUCCAUGUCGCUCCGGCCCGGGGGCCGAAGUGGUGUCAAGGCCGCCGGACUGUCGGGAGGAGGUGCUCGAAACGGUGCGGAAACGGUUGGAGGACGUACCGGUAUCGCCCAUCAUCCAAGCGAUGAAGGACGACCCGGCGACGGAUUACUACGUGCACGACAUCCCGCGCAUGAGCUUGUUUGUGAACGGAACGGAAGACACGCGAUUGACGGCGGCCUUUGAGGCUGCCUUUUCUCAAGCUUGCUUCCUUUGUGCCCGGGACACUCCCUCGGGGACCAGCGAAGUCGCUCAGAGUAUCCAGAGUGCAGUAGACGAGGCAAAGGAGCUCGUUGCAAGGGCCUCGGGGAUCGACGCAUCAAGUCGGCUUGCGAGCCAUACUGUCAACGGUAGGACUGAUUUGGCGGUUAAGCUGCGUGUUUUGGAGCUUUUGAAACCUCUCGGCAUUAGCUUUGGCGAUGAGGCUACGAGUACGUGGCGGAGACCGACCCGCCGCGAGCUGGCUGGGUUGCCGUGGAAAGAGCAGGUACUCAAGGAAUACAACGACAGCAAGAUAAAGUUGCUGCUAGCAAGACUCGAUUCAGUCAGCCUGUAACUCUCCUGAGGUUCCAUUUUGUCUUGACUAACAUCCUUCAAAUUUGCUCAGACUCGCACUGCGAGUGGUGUUCCGAAGCCAUUGAUUUUCUUAUGUGCACUGAUACGUACCAAAUGAUGCCG